AGCAUUAACGAGUCCCAACUCGCGCGUGAUUUCCACUGUUGAAGAGGGAAGAGUUGUGGGGAGCUUGAAUCUGCAUAGACCCAGUUCUUUCAUUUGUCUUCCUCUCAGUUCAUUCUUCAAGUUGUCGAGUUUGUUCAUGUUGUUUUGAUUUUGAUGUGGUGAUGGGUCGAAGAAAGCAACCCAAACCGCAUCGAUCAGUUGGGGUCGUUGAAAGACUCGAAACCCAGGAAACAGCUGAAGGAGAAUUGAAUUCCCAGCAAGAGCACGCUCAGGGGGACGGGGUUGGUGAUGCUGAGACACCCCUUUUCGUAGAAGUUGAUAGAACCGGUUGGGGUUCUGGUGAGCAUCUUGAUAUUUCAGAAAUCGUUCUGAAUGAUUUGAAUUUGAGGGAGGAGUUUCAUGGGUACAGUCUAGGUGAGGGUUUUUAUGAGAAUUCUAAGUGUUGUUUGAGGUUUCGGCUCUGCAAUGCGAACCAGUUUGUGGGUAGGAUUAGGUUGGGUCAUUGGCCUGUUGUAGCAGCUAGUAGUAUAUCUCUAGAAUUCGUGGAAAAACGGGUGUCAGAGGAGGGCAUUGAAACGGACUCUGUGAUCCUCUCCGGGAUUUUUGAUGGUCCGGAUGAGGGUGUUUCGGGUCUUGUUCAUUUGAGUCGUCUCAAGUUUUUGACAUUGAGGCCUGUUCUAGGAGUUACAUUUUCAGAGGGUGUCUCGUUUGUGAGAUUGAGGGUUGAGAUAUUGAGGACUGCGUUUGAUGCUUGUGAGUCACUUCUCGAUAAUUCAAGGCCCCUUUGGAAGAAGAGUAUGAUGAGUGUCAUGGCUUGGUUGCGGCCGGAGGUUACAACUUCAGAGGCAAGGUAUGGAGUUGCUAAAUCCAAAGAAAUGGAUAUUGAUUCGAAUAUGGGUAUGGAUGUUGGUGAUUUGGAUUCGAAGAAGCAUCAGAAUUUCGAUGCUGCUGGAUUUUAUGAAGCCAUUAAACCUUCAAAAGAGGAUCCAUUGCUGGACUAUGACAUGCCCGACUUGCUUCCCGAGCUGAGGCCAUAUCAGCGUCGUGCGGCUUACUGGAUGGUACAAAGGGAGAUAAAAGGGGAAGGUGGUUCGUUAUUUUCUCCACUGUGUAUGCCUGUGGAUUUUGUCGACUCAUUUGAAAGAAUGUUCUACAAUCCAUUCAGUGGAAAUGUUUCAUUACGUCCAGAAUAUUCUUCAUUGAAUGUCUAUGGUGGUAUCCUUGCAGAUGAGAUGGGUUUGGGAAAGACUGUUGAACUGCUUGCGUGCAUAUUUGCACACCGUAAGCCAGCAUCUGAAAGUGGCAUUUUACUUAAUAAUGCAUUACAAGCUGCUCAAGGUCAGAAGAUUAAUCUCAAAAGAUUGAGAAGGGACCACGUUGAGUGUAUAUGUGGUGCUGUGAGUGAAAGUCUGCGAUACAAAGGAUUAUGGGUACAGUGUGAUGUCUGUGAUGCUUGGCAACAUGCAGAUUGUGUUGGUUAUUCACCUACAGCAAAAACUACCAAAUCCAAGGAGAAUUCUAAUGGACAAGUGUUUAAAAAGAACCCUCUGGAAAACUCAAAAAAGCAGACAGGAAAGAAAAAUAAAACCAAUAUAGUUCUGAUGGAUGGUGAACAUAUCUGUCAGCUGUGCUUAGAACUGAUCCAAGCUACUGACUCUCCUGCUGCUACUGGUGCAACUCUUAUUGUGUGUCCAGCUCCUAUACUGCCCCAAUGGCACGCUGAAAUUAUUCGUCAUACAAACCCAGGUUCCUUGAAACUUUGUGUCUAUGAAGGUGUAAGAAAUACCUCUCUUUCAAAUGCAUAUGCAAUGGAUAUCAGCAAACUUAUCAGUGCCGACAUUGUAUUAACUACAUAUGAUGUACUAAAAGAGGACCUGUCUCAUGACUCUGAUAGGCAUGAAGGAGACCGUCGCAUCAUGAGAUUCCAAAAAAGAUACCCUGUUAUUCCAACUCGUCUUACCAGAAUAUUCUGGUGGCGGGUUUGUUUGGAUGAGGCGCAGAUGGUAGAGAGUAAUGCUGCAGCUGCAACAGAAAUGGCAUUGCGACUACAUGCUAAGCAUCGCUGGUGCGUUACAGGGACUCCCAUACAACGCCGACUUGAUGACUUAUAUGGACUUUUGAGAUUCCUUGAAGCAAGUCCUUUCAACAUCCCUAGAUGGUGGAUUGAAGUUAUUCGAGAUCCAUACGAGAGUAGAGAUCCAGGAGCUAUGGAGUUCACCCAUAAAUUCUUUAAACAAAUCAUGUGGCGAUCUUCAAAAUUACAUGUUGCAGAUGAGUUACAGCUUCCUCCUCAGGAGGAGUGCCUUUCUUGGCUCUCUUUCUCACCAAUUGAAGAGCAUUUCUACCAGAGGCAACAUGAAACUUGUGUUCAUUAUGCCCGUGAAGUUAUCGAAAGUUUCAGAGAUCAUAUUUUCAAAAAAGAAGUGCCAGGUUGUGUAUCAUCUAAUUCUCCUUCAGAUCUUUUUAUCACUCAUGCGGAGGCUGGGAAGCUGCUAAACUCACUUUUGAAGCUUCGUCAAGCCUGCUGCCAUCCUCAAGUGGGAAGUUCUGGGCUGCGCUCUUUGCAACAAGCUCCCAUGACCAUGGAGGAGAUAUUAUCGGUUCUUGUUAGUAAGACAAAGAUAGAAGGGGAGGAAGCACUCAGGAAGUCAGUUGUUGCUUUGAAUGGACUUGCUGGGAUAGCUAUAAUUAAGCAAGAUAUUUCUCAAGCUGUAUCAUUGUACAAAGAAGCACUGGCUUUAGCUGAAGAGCACUCUGAAGAUUUCCGCUUGGACCCCCUCUUGAAUCUUCACAUUCAUCACAAUCUUACUGAGAUACUCCCGCUGCCUUCAGAGUCCUCUCAUCAUUCAAAGGGAGGAGAGUUCCCUAGAAGCGCUGAAGAGAAGGCCUCCAAGAGACAUAAUGUUGAACAAUGUGAUCAAUACAUGGCAAAGAGGCAGAAAGUGGGUGGAGAAUACCAUUCAGGUUUGAAUGGUGAGGAAAAGGAACUUCCUUGUUCUACUUCCAACCUAUCAGAAGAUGGUGUAAAUGAUAACAUAGAAUGUGAUGCUGAACCUCACAUAUCAUCCAGAUUGUUUAAUGAUGGAUGUUUAAGAACAACAUGUGAGAACAUAAAACAGAAGUUCCUAUCUCUGUUUAGUUCAAAGCUGUCUGUGGCCCAGCAAGAAUUUAAAAAAUCAUAUAUGCAGGUUUGCGAUUCACUUAAUGAUGGAAAAAAUCAGCAUUCGGUUUGGUGGUUGGAAGCUCUCACUCAGAUUGAACAGAAUAAGGAUGCAUCUGGUGAGUUAAUAAAAAAGAUUGGAGAUGCUGUUUCGGGGCCUUUGAACAAUGCUAGGUCUUCGAGAAUUGAUUCUUGCUUUCGAAGCAUAAAUGCUCUGAUGUAUCAUAUCCAGACUGGUUUGGAUUCAUUGGAAGCCUCUAGGCAAACAUUGGUGGAUCGACUUCUGGAAAUUAAUCAAACAAUGGAAAGCCCAAGAGAAGAAGAUAUUGACCGAGUGAGAUACUGUCCAAAUUGCCAAGCUAAUGGAGAUGGUCCUUUAUGUGUUCACUGUGAACUGGAUGAAUUAUUUCAGGGUUAUGAGGCCAGGCUCUUUCGUCUUAACAAGGCACAUGGAGGGAUGAUUACAUCUGCUGAGGAGGCAGUAGAUUUGCAAAAGAAGAUAUCUGCACUGAAUCGUUUCUACCGUACUUGCUCACAAUCCAAUAAAAAUUCAACUCCGUCUAAUGUUGGAAAUAAAGAAAAUAUGCGGAAGAGGGAUGUUGGAGAAAAGUUAGUGGUUUCAAAAUCUCCAUCUGAAUUAGAGGUUGUUCUUGGAGUUAUAAAAAGUUCUUGCAAGGCUCAAUUAGGGAGAGAGGGUCAGUCGGAGGCCACCAAGCAGCUGCUUCUUCUUGAGGGCAUGCGAAAGGAGUACGCCCAUGCUAGGUCCUUGGCAAUUGCUCAAGCUCAAGUUCUUCGUGCUCAUGAUGAAAUUAAGAUGGCUACUUCACGAUUGCGCCUAAGAGAGGAUGAGAAUGAUAAAUCUAUUGAUGCUUUAAGUUUAAAUGAGCUAGAUGCUGCCAUUGUGGAAAACUCUAGUGAAAGGUUAAUGUCCUUGACCUUGUUGUCACGUAUAAAAGGACAACUUCGUUAUUUGAAGGGUUUGGUGCUGUCUAAACAAAAAUUGCAAUUGGAGAGUCCAAAUAAUGCAUCUUUAACUCAAGAUACAGCUACUUUGCUGAUAUCUCGUCCUGUGGAGGAGAAAAACAAAUGCAUACGUGAAACUGAUGAUGAAGCAUGCCCAGUUUGUCAAGAAAAGCUCAGCAAUCGAAGGAUGGUUUUUCAAUGUGGGCAUGUUAUUUGCUGUAACUGUUUAUUUGCAAUGACUGAGAAAAGACUAGUUCACCAUGGAAAGUUUCAAGACAAAUGGUUAAUGUGCCCAACAUGUCGACAACAUACAGAUGUUGGAAAUAUAGCUUAUGCUGAUGAUAGACAAACUAAAUCAUGUGAUUCUGCUGAACUACAUACAGUUCAAAGUCUGGAAAAGUCUGAAGCUUCUGUGAUUGUUCAAGGUUCCUAUGGAACAAAGAUUGAAGCUGUCACUCGAAGAAUCCUGUGGAUCAAGUGUACAGAGCCAAAAGCAAAAAUUCUAGUUUUCUCCAGUUGGAAUGAUGUCCUCAAUGUGUUGGAACAUGCCUUGAAUGCCAAUAAUAUCACAUAUGUCCGAAUGAAAGGUGGCAGGAAAUCACAUGUUGCCAUCAGCCACUUCAGAAGACAGAGAACAAGUGCAGAAGGAAAUGGCCAGACACAUGCUCAGCAACCAGAACCAGAACCAGAAUUUGUUCAAGUGUUGCUGCUCUUGAUCCAACAUGGAGCCAAUGGCCUCAAUCUCUUAGAAGCACAGCAUGUUGUUCUUGUAGAGCCACUACUCAACCCAGCUGCCGAAGCACAAGCAAUCAGCCGGGUGCACAGAAUUGGGCAAGAGAAUAGGACUCUUGUUCAUCGUUUCAUAGUGAAAGACACGGUGGAAGAGAGCAUCUACAAACUGAAUAGAAGCCGGAAUACCAAUUCAUUCAUCAGUGGGAACACAAAGAACCAAGACCAACCUCUUCUGACACUCAAAGACCUCGAGGCCUUAUUCACCCCAGUGCCUUCCUCUGUACCACAAAGUGAAGAAAAGCCAACCGGAAGCUUAAUGCAUUUGCCACCCUCCGUAGCUGCAGCUAUAGCUGCCGAGAGGAGACUGAAGCAGCAGGCAACAUGAUAAUUCUUUUGGAAGAUGAGCUUCACGUAAACAAGUCUUCCUAGUCUCAUAAUUAUCAGAUUGGAUGUAAAAUAAAGCACGAUCAGCCUGCAUCAAAACCAACAGGCAGCUCCAAUCACCGGCCCCAGCAACAUGUGAGGGAAAGAUUGCUGCCCUGCAUCCCACAUAACCCUCCUCAAAUCAAAUUUUUGUUUCAUUGUCCAUGUACAUAUGCUAAUCUUGUUUAAACAUUCAUGUUCUAGUUAGGGAAGAUGAUAACCUUGUUGUUAACUAAUUUAUUUCAUAUAAUUGAACGUAUGAUGUUAGUUAA